UAUGUUUCAAGAGUAAUGAAACGAUUGCACUUAGUUGCUUUGGCCAUACGUUCGGUUCGACUAGCCAAAUGAAACCAACCUAGUGUUUGGCUGUUUUGCCUUAAUGAUUAACACAGUUACAAUCUAUUCACAAAUUAAUAGAAGUAGUAGUAGUUUGUUUGUCAUUAAUCAAAGAAAAAAUGGCUUAUUGUACCCAAUAUUUUUUUCGUGUUUGCUAGUCUAUUUCAUGUAAAAGAAAAAAUGCCAAUUUUGAUGUUGGAACACUAGAAAAAGGGGGAAAAAAGAAAAGGAAAAAUGGGCAGGGUACAAAACGCCAAAAAAAAAAGGACGAGAUAAAGCUGAGAAAGAAGUAGUAUUGAGAGUUUAGGCCGAAAACAAUGGGCAAAUGGGACGACCUCCAAUCCAGUGUUUCCAGACUGUUUAACCGGCAAGCCUCCCGGAAACCUCCCCCCGGUGAUGGUACCUCCGGCAGCAAAGUCGUGGAGGCCGUUAGAUCUAACGGAGCCCAGAAAUCGGACGAGUACUUCCCGGACCCUCAUCGCCGUGAAAGGAUAGGCCGUGUUCUGACCAAUCUCGGCAAAUUCGCCGUUGAUUCCGCCGUCGACGAGUCCCUCAAAAGCGUUACCGGUGGCAUAAAAGUGUAUAGUAUUGGAAAGAGCUUAAAGGAUCAACCUUAUUCACAACCUUCGGAUGGGAUUAAGAAACAAGACCUUAUGAUUGCAAUGGAAGAGAUGCAAGCAAAAAUGGAGAAAAUGCAAGAAGAUGUGGACAAACUAAAGCAGCAAAAUGAGACUUGUGCUGAUUAUUCAUUGGGGUUGGAACCUUUGAAAGAGUUCCCUGAUGAGCCUUCCGAAAGUCCAAUUUCUCCAAAAACAAAUAAGAAGAAGGUGUUCAUACGCUCUCGGCUUUAAACUCCAGAAGGCCUAUAUUCCCGUGCUUGUGUACUUACUACUUACAUAACCUCUGUCUCUGUGCCCUUUUUUGUUCCUCUUAAAAGUUGUAAUUUAUUUGUUGCUUGGUUCAGUUCUUACAAUAUCAGUGUGAGAUCCUUAAACAGCAGUUGUAUAUAAUAUAUUAUAUCUUUCUUCUUUUGAUCAUCUGUUCUGUUUAUGAACCUUUUAUGCUUCCUUUUGAUUAUCCUGGUUCAUCUGCA